UCAACUCAACAAGUCGGAUCUUCAUUUGUCUUAGUUCCAAUUUUUUUGUGUGUGUGGACAGUUCCAAUUAUUUUAAACUUUUGUAAUAUUUCUCUUUAAUGCUAAAAUAAAAUAGAAGGAAAAAAAAAAAAAAAAGCAGAUGAGAGUGGCGUGGGCUUUCUAGAACCCGAAUAUACUGUCAGCCCACCACCACAACCCGCCCUCUCUCAUUCUCCGAUCUGGCGGGUUCGAAUCACGCGCCAACUCAGGCGAGUGGGUCAUUCCUUCUCCCCGAAAAAACUCCAGUGGCAGUACCUCCUCCCACCAAAACCACCCCCAGCUCCCCUCCUUGUAUUCCCAAUUCCACCAAAAAGUCCAAAUCACGCCACCGAUUACUCGUGAUUUCCUCCUCUCCUCAAGCCGCCGGGGAAAAAAAACUCCCCUCGCCAUGUCCGCAGAGCACGACGAUGCAGUGUUCGACCACGACCUCGACGACGACGACGAGUCCUCUCAGUCUCAGGACGACGACGAUGAUCUCGAGAACGACGGCGUCCUUGUCGUUGAAGAAGACGAGGAAGAUCUCAAUUCCGUCCCUUCCCCUUCCACCCCUUCCCCAGCCACGGCCUCCUCCCUUCCAAUCGCUGUCCCCUCCGCCUCCAUCGUCACCCUCGCCGCCGCUCCCAACGGCUCCGUCGAUCCGCACAAACUCAUCCCCUCGGCCGCCGUCCUCCCGGAGGAGGCAAAGCGUCAGAGGCUGACGCUCGUCCCGGUGUUCGAAGAGCAGCGGAAGCCGACUCCUCAGCCGCUCGACAAAUCGCGGCAGCUGUUCCAGCGAUUGUGGACCGACGAGGACGAGAUCGAGCUGUUGCAAGGUUUCUUCGAGUACACGAACCAGCGUGGUGGUGGGAGCCACCACGACACGGCGCUGUUCUACGACCAAAUCAAGUCCAAGCUCCAGCUGGAUUUCAACAAGAAUCAGCUGGUCGAGAAGCUGCGGAGGUUGAAGAAGAAGUACCGAAACGUCCUCAACAAGAUCGGUUCGGGCAAAGAGUUCUCCUUCAAGACGGCUCACGAUCAGAUUACGUUCGAGAUCUCGCGUAAGAUCUGGAGCAGUACGGGAAAGCUCGCCAGCCUCGAGGAUGGGAAUUUGGACGAUGAUGAAGGAAACCCUAAUCUCAACAAUAACAACGAUGGCGGUGGUGGUGGUGAGGAUCAAAAGUCCACGCCUCGCCCGCGGAAACGCUCCCGAUCUCGUUCCUUAGCCGCUCCUCUCACUCUCGCCAGCUGCAGUGGCGGGGGCAACAGCAUCGUCGCCGCUGUGGCAGCCACCGGAGGCGGCAACGUUGGGGGUAAAGUGGAUGAUAAGCGUGGAGUGGUUAACGAUGGGGUUGUUUCCAAUAGCAACCACGUGAACAGCAAUGCUUAUAGUAAUGUGAAUGUCCCUAGUUUGAUUGAGGAGACUGUGAAGAGUUGUUUGUCGCCAUUGUUUAAGGAGUUGUUGAGUAACGCUACGUCGGGACCGGGUUGUUCCUCUGGUGGGAUUGGUGGUAGAGGAGGAAUUGGGGGUUUGGCCAUGAAUGCGAUGCCAUUGAGCUUCGGGGGAGUGGAGAUGAUGGCUAAUGAGAAGUGGAGGAAGCAGCAGAUAUUGGAGCUCGAGGUUUACUCGAAGCGAUUGGAGUUGGUUCAAGACCAGAUUAGAUCACAGUUGGAGGAGUUGCGCUCAGUGGGUAGGUAAUCAGCUGACGAAUUUGGAGUAAGUUUGCAGCACAAAAGAGUUGCCUUUUAGCUAUUGGGGGUGUAUGAAUGACUAUGUAGGGGAAGGAGUAAAAAAGCAUCGGCAUUUUUUUUUCUCUCAGGACCUUUUUUUAUGUGUUUGGGUUAUAUUAUUAGUUAUCUGGUCUUUUUUUUUCUUGGGUUUUAUUUGACAGAACCAGAUGUUGAAUAACUAGUCUCUAAUUGAUCUUAGUGUGUAGAGCUCAUAGUCUCUGUUCUACAUUGUAGAUAAUCACUUGAUGCAUAGAUUGGUAAUCACUAAUAAAGACACAGAGUUGUUAACUUAAUUACAUCAGUUUGUGCGCUCAUUUGCUUCCUUUCCCUCUGCUGUAAUCUUGUGAUCAGCUGAAAGGCUUCUCGUUCGUUCUCGCCUUUCCCCUCAGCUUUACUCUCAUUUGUAAUUUUGCUUAUCAUUGUAGUUUGUGUAGUGUUGUACAGACUAAAUGAUUGAUAAUCUA